AUGGACCCAAUUAAGUAUAUUUUUGAAAAGCCUGCUCUCACUGGUAGAUUGGCUCGAUGGCAAAUGUUGUUAUCAGAAUAUGAUAUAGUCUAUGUGACUCAAAAAGCCGUCAAGGGAAGCGCAUUAGCAGAAUAUCUGGCUCAACAGCCUAUUGAAGAUUAUCAGUCUAUGCAACCUGAAUUCCCAGAUGAGGACAUUCUUGCCCUAUUUGGUGAAAAGGAGGGGGCAGUGCUCAUCUCGCCAGAGAAUCAUUUCAUUCCGAUGACAACAAGAUUGUGCUUUAGUUGUACCAACAAUGUUGCAGAAUAUGAAGCAUGCGCCAUGGGUAUUUUGGCAGCUAUCGAGUCGAAGUUAAAAGGGGAAUGGGAGACUAGAGACCAAAAGUUAAUCCCUUAUCAAUCAUUCAUUAGAGGAUUGAUAAAGCAUUUCGAUUCCAUUGAGUUCUAUCACAUUCCACGAGAAGAUAACCAAUUAGCUGAUGCUUUGGCCACCUUAUCGUCAAUGUUUGAAAUUAGUCAAGAUGAGGAAAUGUCGAUGAUCAAGAUGAGGAGUUAUGAACAACCAACAUACUGUUAUUUAGUGGAAGAAGAAUCAGACUGUAAGCCUUGGUAUUUUGAUUUAAAGCGCUACCUUAAGAGCCGAGAAUAUCCUGAAACAGCUUAUGAGAAUGAUAAAAGAACCUUGAGAAGGUUAGCUUCAAGUUUUAUUCUAAAUGGGGAUGUCUUGUAUAAAAGAAAUCAUGACAUGGUACUCCUCAUAUGCGUCGAUGCAAGAGAAGCAGGGUUGAUAUUAAAAGAAAUUCAUGAAGGAGCUUUUGGUACACAUAUGAAUGGGCACUCUAUGGCUAAAAAGACCUAUGCAGAUAAUAUUAAUAUAGCUCCUACAACCUUAAAUGUUCUAUCUGCACCAUGGCCAUUUGCGAUGUGGGGAAUAGAUGUUAUUGGAGCCAUAGAACCGAAGGCGUCAAAUGGACAUCGUUUCAUUCUGGUUGCAAUUGACUAUUUUACCAAAUGGGUGGAAGCAGCUUCUUAUGCCAAUGUGACUAGAAAGGUGGUAGUAAAGUUUAUAAAAAAGGAGUUAAUAUGUCGAUAUGGGUUGCCUAAUAAAAUUAUCACUGAUAAUGCAACUAAUCUGAAUAAUCAAAUGAUGAGAGAGCUAUGUGAAGAAUUCAAAAUUCAACAUCACAAUUCAUCUCCUUAUCGCCCGAAAAUGAAUGGGGCCAUUGAAGCUGCUAAUAAGAAUAUAAAGAAGAUUUUGCAGAAAAUGGUGAUUACAUAUAAAGAUUGGCAUGAAAUGCUUCCCUUUGCCCUACACGGAUAUCGUACAUCGGUACGGACCUCAACUGGUGCAACACCUUUCUCUUUGGUAUAUGGGAUGGAAGCGGUCCUUCCUUUUGAAGUAGAAAUCCCAUCUCUGAGGUGUUAA